AUGGCUCCCGCUGCCGACGUCCCCCAGACCACCGCUGCCCCAGCAGACAUCUCCCAGUACAAGGGAUACGACCACGUUCACUGGUACGUUGGAAACGCAAAGCAGGCUGCCACAUACUAUGUCACCCGUCUGGGUUUCAAGAAGAUCGCCUAUCGUGGUCUGGAAACCGGCCUCAAGACCAUCGCCUCUCACGUCGUCUCCAACGGUGCCGUCACAUUCGUCCUCACCUCCCCUCUCCGGUCACUUGAGCAAGCUUCUCGCUAUCCCGCUGAAGAAAAGGCCCUUCUCGAGGAGAUUCACGCCCAUCUCGAAAAGCACGGUGACGGUGUCAAGGAUGUUGCUUUCGAAGUCGACUCUGUCGACGCCGUCUUUGACGCUGCUGUGAAGAACGGCGCCAAGGUCAUUUCCGAGGUCAAGGUCUCCGAGGACGAGCAAGGCCAUAUCAAGUAUGCUACCAUCCAGACCUAUGGCGAGACCACACACACUCUCAUCGAGAGGAAGGCGUACAAGGGCCUUUUCUUGCCUGGAUACCGUGAUGAAUCUGGCAGCCCCGACCCAAUUUCCGAGUUCCUACCACCAGUUAAGCUUGAGAGGAUAGACCACUGCGUCGGCAACCAGGACUGGGAUGAGAUGGAGAAGGUCUGCGACUACUAUGAGAAGGUUCUCGGAUUUCACCGUUUCUGGUCCGUUGACGACAAGGAUAUCUGCACUGAAUUCUCCGCCCUCAAGAGUAUCGUUAUGUCCUCCCCCAACGACAUUGUAAAGAUGCCCAUCAACGAACCCGCCAAGGGCAAGAAGCAGUCCCAGAUCGAGGAAUACGUCGACUUCUACAGCGGUGCCGGUGUUCAGCACAUCGCCCUGCGAACCGACAACAUUAUCGAGGCCAUCACCCAGCUCAAGGCCCGUGGUUUGGAGUUCAUCAAGGUCCCAGAGACCUACUAUGACGACAUGCGUGUGCGUUUGAAGAAGCAGGGAAUGGUCCUCGAGGAAGACUUCGAGGCUCUCAAGAAGCUUGACAUCCUUAUCGACUUUGACGAGGGUGGCUAUCUCCUACAGCUUUUCACCAAGCAUCUCAUGGACCGUCCCACCGUCUUCAUCGAAAUCAUCCAACGCCGCAACUUCUCCGGAUUCGGAGCUGGUAACUUCCGCGCUCUCUUCGAGGCCAUAGAACGCGAACAGGCUCUCCGAGGAAACCUGAUAUAG